CUGUGUAUCGGGAAAAUACGCAGUACAAUGGCGAAUACGUAUGUUGUUAUUGCUGCAUCGAUUUUGUUCUGCAUUGGAUUAAUCGGAAAUUCUAUCACCGUGUGUUUUGUUGCUGGAUCCAAACGGCUGCACACUCCAACAUACGUCCUGAUUGGUUGCCUAGCAGUGUCUGACGUAUUCGCCUCCGUGACGCGAUAUAUUCAAGUAUUUGACAAUUCUCUUUUUAAAGAAUAUUCACACAGAUAUAUAUAUGGGAUAGUCACCUUUUUAUUUCUUCACUCGGCAUUUUUCCAUAUGGUGUUAGUGUCAUAUGUACGUUUUGUUUUCAUUACAAAUCCUCUCCACAGUUUGACACUGACUUGUAAAAAAAUUUUAUGGAUGUCUUUUGCCAUUUGGAUAAGCUCUAUUGUCGUUUCCAUCGGAUACGGAGCAUUUAGAGUGCUAGAUUUAAUGAACAUAAUAUCUUUCGAAACAGUAGAGUUUGCUGAGGUUGGGUUUGCCUUGUAUAUUUGUGGAUUACCAUUUAUUAUUGUAGUAGUUUUCAAUGUUCGAAAGCUGUAUUAUCUGUAUAACCAAACAGCUAAUGUUCGGCGAACUAGAAUAGCAAAUACGAUGUCGUUGAUGUUUUGGAUUAUUAUCUUGAUUUAUCUACUUAGCACAAUCUAUCCUUUAAUUUACACAAUUAACUUUGCAUUCUUGAACAGUUCACUUCUAGAUAUAAGCUUAGAUUUAGUUUAUGGUAUUUUUUCUUUUUCGUUGCUUGUCAAUACUUGUUUGAAUCCUUUGGUAUAUUUCAUGUUUUCACCCCCCGUUUUAAGAUUUCUCUCCCGAUUAAGAAAAUGUUAUCAUGGCACAGAUCCACGCAUACGCAAUCCUACGUUGUGUUCACAGGUUUAA